AUGUGGAGGGAGACAGGGAAGAACUGGAUGGGGCGGAGGAGCAGCCCUUCCAUUCUUUCCCCCUUCCUGGCAAACCCCCACCCCACCCCCGCAAGUCCCCAGGUGACAGGGCUGCUCUGGGCGUCUGGCAGCCCCUCUCGAAGGCGGGCCCUGAAGCCUAAACUCCCCCAGCCCGUGCAGGCCACACCCACCGGGACAGCCCCUUGCGGGAGCUGGACCUCGAAGGGAUCAUUAACCCUCUCCCUGCCGCACUCGCAGCGCCGGCUGACACCCCCAGCCCCCCUUGUCACUCUGGAGCCCAGAGAGGCCUGGGGAGGGGAGGCCGGAAAGAUGGAAAGCCAGAGCCCCGUGGGCUCAGCCGCCGCCGCGGGCGCAUCUCCCCGGGCCGCGCGGCCCCUCCCUGGGACGGCGCCCCUGCCCGGGGCGGGCCAGGAAGCCCCGGUCCCCGCCCCGCUCGGUCAGGUCGCGCGGCCCGGGGACUUUGGAGCCGGGAGGAAGCGCAGCGGUGGGGAGGGGGUGUGUCGGCGGCAGGGUUUUAUAACCCGCAGGCGGCGCGUGGGAGAAGGGGCAGCGCCGGCCGUGCACCUCGCAGCGCACCGCGCCCGCACCCGCACCAUGGGGACUGUGCCAGGCCGCCCGGGGCCGCUGCCGCAGCCGCUGCUGCCGCUGCUGCUGCUGCUGCUGCCGCGGCCGCCCGCCGCCCUGGAGCUUGACCCCGGGCUGCAGCCGGAAAACUUUGCCACCACCGAGGACGGGGCGCGGCAAUUCGCGCAGAGCUUCAAUUCGAGCGCCGAGCAGGUGCGGUUCCUGAACACAGUCGCCAGCUGGGCGCACGACACCAACAUCACCGCCGAGAAUGCGCAGCGCCAGGAGGAGACAGCCCUGCUCAGCCAGGACUUCGAGGAGGCCUGGGGCCACAAGGCCAAGGAGCUGUACGACAACAUCUGGGAGAACUUCACUGAUGCAGAGCUACGCAGGAUCAUCAGCGCCAUCCGCAUCCUGGGCCCUGCCAACCUGGCCCUCACCAAGCGGCAGCAGUACAACUCUCUGCUAAGCAACAUGAGCAGGAUUUACUCCACAUCCAAGGUCUGCUUCCCCAACAAGACUGCCACCUGCUGGUCCCUGGACCCAGAGCUCACCAACAUCCUGGCCUCCUCACGGAGCUACCCCAUGCUGCUGUUUGCCUGGGAGGGAUGGCAUGAUGCUGUGGGCAUCCCGCUGAAACCCCUGUACCAGGACUUUACCGCCCUCAGCAAUGAGGCCUACGAGCAGGAUGGCUUUUCUGACACAGGGGCCUACUGGCGCUCCUGGUACGAAUCACCCACCUUUGUAGAGGAUCUGGAACACCUCUACUAUCAGUUAGAGCCCCUCUACCUGAACCUCCACGCCUAUGUCCGCCGCUCACUGCACCGCCGAUACGGGGACAAGUUCAUCAACCUCAGGGGACCCAUUCCUGCUCACCUGCUGGGAAACAUGUGGGCCCAGAGCUGGGAAAACAUCUAUGACAUAGUAGUGCCUUUCCCAGACAAGCCCAACUUGGACGUUACCAGUACUAUGGUGCAGAAGGGCUGGAAUGCUACACACAUGUUCCGGGUGGCAGAGGAGUUCUUCACCUCCCUGGGCCUCUUGCCCAUGCCACCUGAGUUCUGGGCACACUCCAUGCUGGAGAAGCCGAGCGAUGGACGGGAGGUGGUAUGCCACGCCUCUGCCUGGGACUUCUACAACAGGAAGGACUUCAGGAUCAAGCAGUGCACGCAGGUCACAAUGGACCAGCUGUCCACGGUGCACCACGAGAUGGGCCACGUGCAGUACUACCUGCAGUACAAGGACCAGCCAGUGUCCCUGCGCCAAGGUGCCAACCCUGGCUUCCACGAGGCCAUUGGGGAUGUGCUGGCACUCUCGGUCUCCACUCCUGCACAUCUGCACAAAAUCGGCCUGCUGGACCAAGUCACUGAUGACACAGAACCAAGUAUCAGGGGAUUUGCCCUCCAGUGGUCCGAAACGAAACCCACUUUGAUGCCGGAGCUAAGUUUCAUGUCCCAAACGUGACACCAUAUAUCAGGUACUUUGUGAGUUUUGUCCUGCAGUUCCAGUUCCAUCAAGCCCUGUGCA